CCGAUGUUGGCCGACCGACAGGUCGCCAGAAUCGGUUCGUGCGCGCGCCGGCUCUACCGACUGUCAGGUGCAUCGGAAGCGUCUCAACCCCUCGCUCGACCUCCGCAUUAGCGCUUUAGCUUUCGACGCGAAUGCCGGUUUCGGUUUCCGCGUGGGUCCCGCGUUGUCUCCGGAGGUCGCGGGUGGAAAGCGUGGGGGCGCUGCGGUGACAAGGGAAAAUCCCAGCGGCGGUGGAGACGAAUGAGUGCAUAAGAUCGAUACGGGCUGCGAUAGAUACCGCGCGCUCUGGGUGCGAUAUCCUCGCACGCGACUGGGAGCGAGACCCUUUUCGAUGGAAUCGAAGCACCGAGGGUGCAUCAUCGACCUGUAUAUCAUUCGAGAGAAGAAUUAAGGUAGAGAGUAGUUCGAAGCAGUGUUUCAUUCAGAGUGAAGCGAACAGAGGAACUUGGAAGAAAGAAAAAAAAAAAAACAGUUUGGCGAUAGAAAGAGGCUCCAGGUUCCAAGGGGUACUAUACACUAUACAGUUGGGUGGUUAAGAUGUCAACGUCGCCACGCUACCAAUUGGAGGAAGGAAGUAAAAGAGGAAAGAUUAGCGCAGAGGUCAAGUCGAUAACUGGGAAUUACAGCUGGGAGUCGCAAACCAGAGGACUCUGCAGAGUUCAACUCGAGUAGGGUGCCCUUGAGUAGAAAUCGAGAACCGGAAGUCAUGUUGACCUGUUGGGUGUUGGUCGGCAUCCUUGGGGCACUGGUGUUCCUCUACACGACCGUCGAGGUCCACUAUUUCCUCAGGAUGUUCCUUGCAGUUUUCCUGGCACGGUUCUGCAAAAAGCGCGUCCACAUUCUGGACGAGACCUCGGUUUACGGUCUCUGUACUUCCACCGAUGUCGACACCUUGCUAUACCACAUGAACAAUGCGAGGUAUCUUCGCGAGCUUGACUUCGCCAGGGUGGAUUUCUACGAGAGGACAAAUCUGUUUCGCGAGAUUCUCGCCCAAGGGUCGGGUGUUGUUCAAGGAGCAGCGACGAUUCGCUACAGGAGGUUUCUCAAGCCGAUGUCGAUUUUCAAAAUAACAUCGAAAAUCAUUUAUUGGGACGAUAAGUCCAUUUUCAUGGAGCAUCGCUUUGUCACCCCCAGCGAUGGCUUCGUCAGGGCAAUUGCUAUUUGCCGACAAAGAGUUUUGGGGUGUAAUGCAGAGGCUGUGAUGGGCGCCCUAUUGGACAAAGGAGUCAAGCAAAACGGAAACGUGGAGGCUGGAGUGACACAGACUCCCCACGUGAGGCCUGAAAUCCCACCGGAAGUGGCUCGAUGGUUGGAAAGCAACGAAAUUUCUUCGGCAACCCUGAGGCAGUUGCCAACUGUUGCUGCCAAUUGCUGACAAAGAGACAACGCGUCAACCGUUGUAAACGGGGCCGCAGCAACACCGUCUUACGAAACCACGAUGGUUUAACAACUUUUUUAGACUACUAGAAUCUUCCGAAUUCUUCGUCACCUGCGACAGGAAGCCUUCCGCAACCAUGUAAAAUUUAAUAUUUAAUAUGCCGGAAGCUUGUCGAAGGUUAAGGAUUGCGAUGGUUCGGAUAGUAAGUGCGAGGACAUUUUACAGAAAUAAAGGAGAUCGUAAUCGCAGGAAUUCGUGUCAAGCUUUAACAGUUGGACGUGAGUUUCUCUCGUAAUUAUUGUCAUGGCAGCUGCAAUGUCAUGAAGAUCUUCACGAAACGUUUUUAAAGGCUUAUCAUGAUCGAGUCACGAACUUGAUAAUUGCGAUUCCUUCCAGAUGGUUUUGUAUUACAAAACUGACAUGACAAAAAUUAUUAUCGAAAUCAUCCGAAUCCCAGAUAAGGAGAUAGUACCAUAUCUUUUUUGCAAUAUGAUAAGCAACAUCGAUGUGUUUUCUUUUUUUUUUCUUUUCGUUUAUUAUGCCGCGCAGACUGUUUCAAUUCGUGAUGGAAGUUAAUUAACAGAUCGAAUUUUAUGGCUCCUGUUGGAGGAAUUCAAUUUGUUGAAUUCAAUUUUUUUAUAUUAGAAUGGAAUACAUUUUUAAUAAAAUUGGACGGAAAUACGUAGGUAUGCUUAAAAGAGCGGACCAACAUUCUUUGCAUAUUUUUCUGCUUUAAACUAUUUUAAUCCGCUCCAAUUUGUAAUUGUGCACUGUGCGAUGAUAACUAUUAAUCGCAUUUGGAAACAAUGGAUUUGUAUAUAAAAUAAAAUAAUAUUCAAUGGAAUAAAGUAGGAUCUUUGCGUAUCGUUGCGUAUUAGUGAGAUUCUCCUUAUUUCACGAGACACAAUUGAAAGAUACGUAAGGUAAAAAACGUUAUUCAUGUGAAAAUGAUUUCCAAAUUGUUAUAUCUCUUUCAUAUUUAUUUGGGCAUAUUUCUUAUAUUAUCAAUGUAUAUAGAAUAUUUAAUUUAGAUUGCUUAAAAUGUUGAUAACCGUAUCUUUACCGCAUCAAGUAUAUAAGUGUUGCAAUACAUCUUUCUAUUGCAACGUAUUUGUAAAUUAUUACUUUUCGAAGCUUUAACACUUAUGUGUGCUUCUGGAAUCUUUAAUGUAAACAAGACAAGUGAUAUGUGCCAUCGAGUGGGUGUUAGUUAACAAAUUAAGCGAUGAAAAAUUCAGACAGUUAUAUGUUGAAUGUUUCUUUUCUUCCUUCGCAUAAUUUUCGCCUUUAUGUAGUCUACAUGUACAUCGAUUUACACGAUUAUUUGUUAGAAAUAAUAAAUUGAUUCUGGUUCUUCUAAGUACGUGACAUAAAAAUAAAUUAGUUACAGAGUCACUGAAUAGUCCAUUUGAUACCGAUCGAAUUAUUUAAUAGGUACUUACUAAAGUAUUGGAAUCGAUAUUGGAAAAAUAGUAACUUACUAAAAUAUUGGAAUCAUAUAUAAUUUAUCUAGUGACGUAGAUGAUGGCCUAGUUUAUGCCAAUGAUAUCACGAGUUUUAGAUCGAGUCAAUGGCAGAAGCACCAUGCGAUUCAUAUAAUCUACACAUGCAAGUGUAGAUGUAGAUCUGCACAAGUGUAUUUUGCGCAUCUCAUUUUUCCGACAAAUUUGAGACAUGUGCCCAUAAUUAUGAAAGUGGUUUAAGUCAAAAUUAAAAAAAAAAUGAGUUUAUCAGUUAUUUCACGCCAUAUUAUUUCAAACGAAAUUAAUUCAAUGUAACGAAACAAAAAGUAUAUGACUUAUACCACUUUCAUAAUUAUGGGCACACAUGUACAUACGUAUUGGCAAGUAUUCAGUCGGGACUUAUUGCGAACACCGUACUAUGUAAUAAAACGGUGUAAAUUAUAUCCACACGACGAAAUCUUCGCUGUUUAUUGCGUUCGAGUUGAAAUAGCGUAGAUUUUAGCUCGAGUAUUAAUCAGCCAAAGAGGUAGAGCUAUCUAGCUGUGCAACUAAAAUUAAGUUGAGAAAGAUGGUUCCCUAAUAAUAUUCGUGUCACGAUAUUAGUUAUAAGUCGCGUUUACUUAAGGUGUUAUGAAAGGAUCACUCUAAGUACUUAAAAAUGUCGAUAAUAUUUAUAAAACUUUCCUUCAAACUGGGUACAGCGAAUACUUUGAAACAUCAGCACGUGAUUAUGGAGGUCCUAAGGAAGAACGUGAUGUUCACAUUUUAUUUAAAUAAAAAAAUGCGUCCGUUCUAGUCUGGGAUAAAUAAAAAAAAUUAUUUGUUGAGAAAUUAAAUUUCAUCGGCAUGACGUUCAUCCUUAGAGCCUGCAUAAUCACGUGGUGAAGUUUUAUAAAUGUUUCGACAUUUUGAUAUAUAUAUACACACACAUAUAUAUAUAUAACCCUUUCAUAACACCUUAUAUAGAAAAUAAUCCUUUUAUAACACCUUAAGAUGACGUUUAAGCAACGUGCUUGCCAAAGUGCUUCGAACAACAUAUUCAGUGACUGAACUUCAAAUUGUUAACGCCUUUACAUUUACAAAAACUUCGACCACAUAUACGGUGCCGACAAUCAGCGUAAAUAUGCUAUGUUUAGUUAAUAACAAUAGGUUAUCAGGGAAAGCAUUUGGAAAUUUUUAAAACACCAACGUAUUGUUCAAUUGACUCCAAAGUUGGGUAUCGCUUAUGAGUAACAAAUGUAACUCAUUCGAAGACAUUUUGAAUUGUUAUUCCUGAAAUAUAUUUAAAACAUGUGUCCACGAUACCUUCUAAGAGGUAUGCAUGUAGAAAUUCCAUAUAUUACCUAGUAAGUAUAUAUUCGUGAUUAAGAGAAACAUUUCUUCGAAUAAGAGUUACUUGUUAUUUAUGAACUCUUCCCAAUUUAGUUUUGUACGUUUUGCGGGUGGAAAGUAAAUUUUAAUAAUAUGCUGAUUGCCACCUGAUGUACGAAUCGAUUCGUACAUUCUUUAACGGUUUAACGUUAAGUUAUUAAGACAUUUUUAUAAAGUGUGCGGCCGGGUUUUUGUAUUGUGGAUUUCGGUCUGGUUAGUUUAUACAAUUAUAGCGCGGGGGCGCACUUGGCGGGAGAAUUUGAAUUUUUCGGUACCGAAGUUAGCGUGUAGAACUCUUUUAAUUUUUGAUUCAUCAUCCACACGUAUUCGUCAGAUGCGCUUAAAUACGUCCGCACGAACGAGUGCACAAGUGUACGUAUUCAACUAUAGAUUAUAAUAUUGUUCUAUGGGAUACCAUGUUGCAAGAGUCGUUAAUAUUAUUACUUCCAGAUGAAUAAAUCUCGUUUCAAGAUCGAACACUGUCUCGUUAAUUUUAUGAAACAGUAAUCCUGUAGAAAAUUCAAUAAAAAUGAAGACCGAA